AUGCGAGGGUCGGGCAUGGCAGCGGCAGUGCCUGCCAACGCGUACCGCUUCUGCUGCCUGUGCGGCACCCUGCUGGACAUGCCCUCGGUCGGUAGCGUCGCGCAGUGCGCUCUCUGCGCCACGCCCCAGAACCUACGAGAUUGGCCGUCGCUUGGCGUGACCACAACCAGCGGUCCGCAGGACUUGAUGCGGCGGUAUGGCGUGGACCCCAUCGUGCCACUGGACUCGGACAUGGGCGGCGGGGCCAGCAAGGAGAGCAUCAAGGAGCGCGCCAAGGUGAAUGAGACGUGUCCCAAGUGUGGCAACAAGGAAAUGGAGUAUUACACCAUGCAGUUGCGGUCAGCGGAUGAAGGGCAAACAGUGUUCUACGAGUGCACCAAGUGCAAAUACAAGUACAGCCUCAACACAUGA